AUGCCUAUAGCAAAAGCAGGAGAUAGGACUAUAUAUUAUAUAGUCUCAUCCUCUGCUUUUGCUAUAGAUAGUGUCAUGCCAAAACUACACCAGUAUGAAGUGGAUUAUACUUCAGGAUUACUCUAA